AUGUUAGAUCGGCAAGCACUUGGUGUGGUGCGUUUAUCAUUGCCAAAGAACGUUGCUUACAACAUUGUCAAUGAGAAGACAACUUAUGGGUUGAUUAAAGGGCUAUCUAACAUGUACGAGAAACCUUCAGCGACGAAUAAGGUUCACUUGAUUCAACAAUUGGUAAAUCUAAAGAUGAAGGAAGGUGGCUCAGUGACUGAUCAUGUCAAUGAAUUUAAUUCAAUCUUGUCAAGGUUAACAUCGGUUGAGAUUAAAUUUGAAGAUGAAGUGCAUGAACUGCUGCUAUUAUCAUCAUUACCCAAAAGUUGGCUAGAAACAGUGACAACAAUCAACAGCUCAGCGGGAGGUGCCAAGCUGACAUUCGAAAGCAUACGCGACUCAAUCCUUGGUGAGGAUGUGCACAGACGAAGUGGUGGAGAAUCCUCUAACAACCUUCUUAGUACUGAGGGUCAUUUCAGGAAUCAAUGUCCAAAGCCUGUUGCAGACAAAGGAAAGAAUGAGAUGAACAUUGCAUCAGACUCUAAAGGAGAUGCUCUUAUCUGUGCAGUUGAAAACUUAGUUGAAUCAUGGAUCAUGGAUUCUGGUCUUGGGGAUGUGGUCCUCAAGACUACUUUGGGUAUGAAGUGGGAUUUAAAGAAUUUCAAGUUCAUUUUAGACUUGAAAAGAAUGUUGAUAUCAGUGGAGCUACUUGAUGAUGAAGGUCACCGUGCCACUUUUGAUGAUCAUCAGUGGAAGGUGACAAAGGGACACUUGGUGGUUGCUGGAGGUCAGAAGCGGAGUACACUUUAUAUGGUGGAAGUUUCUGAUGAUGACACACAUGCUAUUGAAGAAGUUGGGGCAUCCACUAUAUGUCACCAAAGACUUGGACAUAUGAGUGACAAAGACAUGACGAUGCUUGCCUCCAAAGAAAGAAUUCUAGAUCUGAAGAAUGUAACAAUAGGUUUUUGUGAGCCAUAUGUUAUUGGAAAACAAAAGAAAGUUACUUUCGCAAAGAUAGAACAUCCACCCAAGACAGGGAAGUUGGAGCUUGUUUAUUCAGAUGUCUAUGGUCCCACUUCAGUUGCUUCAGUGGGAGGAUCUCGGUAUUAUGUUACUUUCAUAGAUGACUACACUAGGAAAGUUUGGGUCUAUUUCUUGUAG